ACACAGUAACUUCAAAAAAACAAUUUUCUUGUUUUUUUCAUAUAGCUAUAUUACCAAGUCUUAAAUUUUGCUAUGAUAGUGUCUUCUGCCCUCAUGAUAUGGAAAGGGCUGAUCGUCAUUACUGGAAGUGAAAGUCCUAUUGUUGUGGUGCUCAGUGGCAGCAUGGAACCAGCUUUUCACAGGGGGGACCUGUUGUUCUUAACGAAUUUCCAUGAUGACCCAAUCAGAGCUGGUGAAAUAGUUGUUUUUAAAGUCGAAGGCAGAGACAUUCCAAUAGUUCACAGAGUAAUCAAAAUACAUGAAAAAGAAAAUGGGAACAUCAAAUUUCUGACUAAAGGUGAUAAUAAUGAAGUUGAUGAUAGAGGCUUGUACAAAGAAGGUCAGAACUGGUUAGAGAAGAAAGAUGUUGUUGGAAGAGCACGAGGAUUUUUGCCUUAUGUUGGUAUGGUAACUAUAAUAAUGAAUGACUAUCCAAAAUUUAAGUAUGCUCUUCUGGCAGUAAUGGGAGCAUAUGUACUGCUGAAACGUGAAUCCUAAAAAAAAUAAAUCAAGAGUCACUUUUCCAAG